AUGGCACAGGAACAAGACCAUGCACCCGAAGAAAUAAUGACCGACAAGGCCAAUGGGAAUCUCCAGCAAGCCGCCAAUCAUGGCCAAUGCGAAAAUCCAAGAGGAGAUAUGGCUUCGGAAGGCCCAAUGACUGAGAUGGUCUUCAUCUUUGUCGCUCUCUGCUUGACAGUCUUCUUGGUCGCUCUAGACCAAACAAUCAUCGCUACCGCGAUCCCGACCAUCACCUCCGAAUUCAACAGCGUGGAAGACAUUGGAUGGUAUGGAAGCGCCUUUCUUCUCACGACCUGCAUUGUAUACUUUACUCCCGAUGAAAUGGACUUUUGUUGGAGCCGUGUUGAUCUUCGAGAUCGGCUCUGCUAUCUGCGGCGCCAUCCUAACUCCGUCGCCCUUAUAAUUGGACGAGCUAUUGCUGGAAUUGGAGGAGCUGGUAUCUUUUCUGGGGCGCUCAUAAUCAUCGCUAAGUCCGUACCUCUACCAAGGAGACCCGCGUUCACGGGAAUCAUUGGUGCCGUAUGGGGCAUAGCAAGUGUGGUUGGCCCUUUACUAGGCGGCGCUUUCACAAGUGAGCUUCUCCUACCCCUUUUGCCGUCGCGAUCUAUGUUUUGA